CGAACCGGUCAACACUUAGAAGAGUUGACUCCAACUGCUCGGAGCUCACUAGAAUUUUUUCUCCUUUUUCAGUUGAAUAAUAAAAAUCGCUAGACAAUUAAUCGGUAAGAUGACGCAGAGAAUAGCUCUUGUCGCUAUUUUGUUAGUGUCGUGUGCUCUAGCUCAGGAUACCCCAAAAGCAAGUGCAGGGGCGAGUCAAAAGAUCAGUCAAACAUGCUUUGGCUGCAUGUGCGAGGCAGCCUCUGGUUGUGACACGACUUCAGGAUGCACAGGUGAUGUCUGCGGACCCUUCCGCAUCACCUGGGCCUACUGGGCUGACUCUGGUAAACCCACCCUCAACGGCGAGGCUGCUACUGCCCCCGGAGCUUGGACUCGAUGUGUCAACGAUGCAUUCUGCGCCUCUAAAGCCGUUCAAGGGUACAUGGACCAGUACGCACAGGAUUGCAACGGCGAUGGUGUGAUAAAUUGCGACGACUACGUCCGAAUUCACCGCUUCGGAGGAUACGGAUGUUCCGGACAACUCGACGCCAAAUACGAGAACACGUACAAAAAUUGUGUCAAAAAGUUUGGCCUUUAAACUCCAGCAUUCCAUAAAAAUUACGUCAACUUGCCGCGAGAUGUAAUCGAUAAAAUCUUCAAUCAUAAAUACUCGUAAUUAAGUGAUCAACUCUUCAUCAGGGAUAGAUAAACAAGAUAAUUUUUUAUAAAGUACCAACAUUGUCGUGAAUUUAUAGAAGUUGGGGCUCGUGUGGGCGUGAAGGGAACACCUUGUACCGCCUGAUUCAAUCGGUGAAAUUUAGGAUACGAUACUACAAGGAUCCGGUUUGGGUGGAGUGUGUGGGUGUCUGUUGCUAUUUUCGUAUUUCCGAAUGAGAGACUUCUGUUCUCUAUAAGGUGUCUAAUUUAGUUUUUAAAGAAUUUAAAAUUCUUUUGACGUUAUUAAAAAUUCUGCAAGUGCCUUUUUAAAUAAAACUUUGUUUUUUCUAUAAAAUGAAAAUAACAA